AUGCAGCAUUCGAAUGUAUCCGAUGACCCGGAUUAUGUUGUGGUGCUCGGCAUUAAACCAGCGUACAUUAAUCUCGUUCCCAAAAGCCUAUUCGGCGCCAGCAUUGAGAUUAAUGAACGCGGGCAAUAUGUCAAGCUGGGUGAUGGACGUUUGAUCUGGCCUGCCUCGACUUGCAGGAUUUAUAACCCCAAAGAAGGGGCAUGCCAACGGCUUUUUGGUGAUUGGAUAUCGCAAGGCGUUGAAAAUAUCCAACGACGAUUCGAGGGAAGAUCAUCGAACAUGCGUGAUGGGUGUAUUUAUAUGGAAGUUGACUCGGAUUCCAAAAAACGGGCUCAGCUGUGCAUCACCAUGGACAAGGCUACAGGUUCUAGUCUUCAGGAAGAAUUAUUUUACAUGUGA